GCAUUCACAUUGAGAUCGUGGCCAACCAAGAAGAAGACUGCGCACGACGUAACCUGUUCACGCAUGCGCAUAGGGAUUCUUUGUGAAAAUGGAGGUUGUUUGAAAUGUCUUCUGUGAUAUUGUUUACGAUUGUAAAAUGGCAUUAUAUGCCAGUUUCUAAAUAGUUAUCUUACAAGGAGUGGCCACUAUGGACUCUGUGGGGGAAACCGAGAGAUCCCCGUCUCCAUCUGUAAAACAGUCUCCUGAAACGGACCGAAACCCGUCACCACCCCGAGACAAGGCUGAUAGAGAGGAAGAUGUUGACGCCAUUGGAGACACCAUUUACAGCAAAAACUGGCUUUUCAGCACUCUGACUCGUCUUGUCAAUAUGGUCACUGAACAUUCAGAGGUGGACUCUGAAGGUCAGAUGCAGCUUGCUGCUGAUGAUGAGGAGGAUCUAUGUAGAGUCUGGGAUAUGGCAAUGGAUAAGGAUGUUGCAGGUUUUCUGCAGGAAUUCAAAGCCACCGACAUCCUUCUAGGUGUGAUAGCUAAAUCACGCUGUCCACGUCUCACAGAAAUUUGUGUUGGAAUACUUGGGAACAUUGCCUGCUUUCCUGAAACUUGUCUGACUCUUAGCCAAAAUGAAGACUUGGGUGCUGUGCUGUUGCUUCUUCUCGGUGAACCAGAUCCUCCCACCCUUCUAGAAACAAGCAGAUUGCUGCUGACCUGUUUGUCUCAGAAAGAUGUCUGUUCCCUGUGGCUUCAGCGAAUACGACAGGAGACAUCUGUGCUCUUCAACCUCUGUUUUAUCAUGUUCUGUUCCACCAACACUGACCUGCUGGAGAAGGUUGGAGAGCUGGUUGACAAACUCUUUGACCUUGAUGAAGAGCUGAUGAAGAGUUGGAUCACGGCUAAGCCAAGUGAGGAGGAGGAGGGAGCUAAUGGUGACAGCCGUCAGGAUCUGGCUUCAUCCCUUCUUGAGGCAGCCAAGCAGCUGAGAUCACAGAGUCUGAAUGGAUUGGAGAUUUAUCUUCAUGCCUUCCAACUCCUGACCACCACAGAGGAAGGCAUUCAGACUUUUGCUGCCCCUGAUGGACCUGGUGAAGUGGUGUGGGACUUUGUGUGUGACGUUGUAUGUCAGGACCUCUGCCAGUCAGAUGAUCUCUCAGUUGUCUUGCAAGAGCAGAAGAGCAUUUUGAUUCAGGCGUUUGCUGUCCUGCAGGCACUUUACAGAUGCCGGGAUCAGUGGCAUAACAGAAGUGAUGCAAGCAUUCCCCUUAUUGGGACAGUUUUGCGGGUUCUUCAGUACCAUAGUGAUACUAAAAAUGGUGACACCAGUAAAGAAGACACAACAGACGAACAGCUCCAAACUCUAGCAGAGAUCACAGCUGAGUUUCUAGCCGACAUCUGCGCUCAGAUUCCCAAGGAAACUGUGGCAGAUUUGGUGAAGAAAGGUUAUCUUACAGAGAAGACUUGUCUAACAGCAGCAGGCUGUUUAGCUCACAACUACAAGACUUCUUUUCAGCACCUGCAGUCCACGCUGUCAGAGACUGAUCCCCGACUGGCAGACCUUGUGAGGGAACAGUUUCCUGUGUGAGAAGCCACUCAUCCUGAGUCUCGCCUCGGCUUUUUAUAGUCACUGCUAUUUCCUCUCCAAGGAUCCUGCUUUAAGUUGUACUGUUUGGAUUUCCACUUAACAAAGAUGUCACAUCAUUACAAGCUGUGGACAGUAUGACAAAGACUGUAUGAUUCUGUUAUUUUUAAUAUGAAUGCUGUUUUUGUAUAAAAUGAUAUGACUUUUAUUAAAUGGGUGUUUUCUCUGAAAAGUCA